CACGCUUUGGAAAUUAAAGGCCAGCUUUCAGCGUGUCCGUACGAUAUCCAAUUCCACACAUAUUCCCUCUGCUUAUUUUUUUACAUGUCUACGUCCAACGAGUUAUGGACGCCCGAGGCUGAAUUGGCCCUGUACAUGUCGAUGGUCGGGUUACGACCGGUUGGCAUCCACAAAAACUUUCGCAUAGUCAAUAUUUACACGCGCCUGCUCGGCCGGUUAGGAAGCGCAGAGAUUUCUAUCAGUGAAAUCAAGAGCCGCCUAGAAACUCUGUUCAACAUGAGUCUGCUCGACGAGAUUGACGACGAAGAGGAUGAUGACAGCGAUGAUGAGGAGAGCGAUGUGGAGCAUGCCGAUGCUGGUGCAAAGCCGGCAUUGGCCACCUCUGCAGCAAACAGGAUAAAGCCGGGCAAAUGCGAUAAAAUGCCAGUGGUAUCAGCAGGCGAUGGUAGCGAGGAUGAAGAGGCAAAUUCUGGCUCUGAAAGUGAGAACAAUGGCAGCGACAUUAACGAGCCCAGUAGCGCACGCAGUGGCCACAGAGCAGGAACAGAGCGCAAACAAAAUAUUGUCAGCAGCGCCAUCCCAGCGACCAGCAUUGGUGCAGAGAUUGACACAUCUGACCCGCACUUUUGGCGAAAGGCAGACUCGGAGUUUACGCUUCCGUGGGCUGAAUUUGGAAACUUGAUGGUCGAGAGGGCCAAUGUUGAUGACCCAGACGACCACGAUGACCUUGAACGAGGAACUACUAGCGGUGCCUCGGCCAUAUCGACACCCAAGACUGCCACACCGGCGCCUGAUUCCGAACCCAAGUCGGAGGCUGAGGCCGAGGCCGAAGUUGAAAAUGAAAUUGAUGGUGACGGCGAAGGCGAAGUCGAAGUCGAGGCCAAAGAUGAGGGCGAAGGUGAAUCCAGCGAUGGGCGUGUGUCGCCAGUGCAACGCAAAAGAAAGGGUCGGCCGUCGACACCUGUAUCUCGAAGCCGGACGAAGAGCACGCGCAGCAGCACGGCCAGUGCGCGUAAGCGGCAGAAGAUGCGCUAAGUGAUGUAAUAUUUUGAAUUUUAUUUCUAUUAAAAAUAG